GUGCUAUCGGAUACUCUGACUGGCAACGGAAGCUGACAUAGGCUAUGACUCAAAGCAAGGGAAAUAAUUGAGUUCUGAUACGUCGUUUGAAUAGAAUAAUUCAAGGGCUAAACUGAUGUAAAGGGGAGGCUAAACGGUGUUAUUUCUUUUUUCUAUUACUGAACGUAUUUGCUGCUGGUGUUACCAAAUAUCGGAGCUUUGUCAGAGCACUUGAACGCACCCUGCUGGUCACUCAGCUCCUCGGUUGUAAACAGUCGGUGUACAGAGACGGAGCGCUACUCCGGGUGGAUCCGACCAGAACCCGGACAGACUCCGAACCACGCCAUGCACUGAUUGACCACCAUCACACUUUGGGUUCAAAAAGGAGGGACCGCAACCACUGUAACUCCUCCAAAGUAAGACAAGGUCCUCUCCAGUGUCCACAAUGACCACUCUCGAUAAUGGUGACAUGAACACCUUCGGCCCGGAGCUGCCCGCCAUGUUUGAUGGCAUGAAGCUUGCAGCUGUGGCAACUAUCCUCUAUGUUAUCGUCCGCUGUCUGAACCUGAAGAGUACCACAGAACCACCAGAGGUCACCUACCAGGACACACCACUCAGCCGUUAUCUCCUCAAAUCCUGCCCACUGCUGACCAAAGAAUACAUUCCUCCCUUGCUGUGGGGUAAGAGUGGCCAUCUCCAGACGGCACUGUAUGGCAAGAUGGGACGUGUCAACACCCCAACGCCCUGCGGGGUCCGCAAGUUUCUCUCAAUGCCGGACGGGGCCACAGCAACCUUUGACCUCUUUGAAGCGCUUGGAGACCACAGCACAGGAGAUGACAUUACCAUGGUAAUCUGCCCUGGGAUCGGUAACCAUAGCGAGAAGAACUACAUUCGGACCUUUGUGGAUCACUCCCAGCGGCAGGGUUACCGCUGUGCUGUCCUCAACCACCUGGGAGCUCUGCCCAACAUGGAUCUCACCUCGCCGCGCAUGUUCACCUACGGGUGUACCUGGGAGUAUGCGGCUAUGGUGAGCUACGUCAAAGAAGCUUUUCCACAGACGGCACUGGUGGUUGUGGGCUUCAGUCUAGGGGGAAACAUUGUCUGUAAGUUCCUGGGUGAGAACAGAUCGAACCAGGACCGAGUGCUCUGCUGUGUCAGCGUCUGUCAGGGUUACAACGCCCUCAGGGCCCAGGAAACAUUCCUUCAGUGGGAUCAGUGCCGGAGGCUUUACAACUUUGUGUUGGCAGACAACAUGAAGAAACUCAUCCUGUCACACAGGAGCAGUUUGCUUGGCCUGAACUCCAGCAACAUUGGCGAUGCAGACCUGGAAAGACUGUAUGCAGCCACAUCACUGACGCAAAUUGAUGACAGCAUCAUGAGAAAAUUUCACGGUUACAGCUCGUUGAAGGAGUACUAUGAGCAGGAGAGCUGUGUGCACUACAUCCACAAUGUCACUGUGCCUCUCCUCCUGGUAAACUCUGCAGACGAUCCACUGGUUCACCAGUCACUUCUGGCUAUUCCACGCACACUCGCAGAAAAGAUGCCCAACGUGAUAUUCGCCCUGACUCAACAUGGAGGCCACCUGGGUUUCUUUGAGGGAGCCGUGCUUUUCCCUCAGCCCCUCACGUGGAUAGACAAGUUCAUAGUCGAGUACACAGAUGCCAUUUGCCACUGGGAGAAGAACCACCCAGCCUGCCAGAAGAGCAGCCAGCAGGACAUGAACUCCUACCUGCAGAGAACAGGGGUAACACUCAGCGGGUAACUCAUAUGGAAAUGAAGCAGAAACACGCAGGUACACACUCAGCCUCCUGUACUAAUGGCCUUAUAGUUUACGGAGAAAUUCUGGGAAAUGCAGGGAAUCAUCAAAUGGAUUAGAAAAGGAGGCUAAGUGGGAGUGGCAACACUGAGCUGUAACCUGAAACUCACAUUAGUUGAUAAUACUGGAACAUGUUAUAUGACUCCUUGGUGAAUUGUCCCUUCCUCUUGUCCCAUUUAACCUCCAACAUAACACAAGUUCACCCCUUUGCUGGUUUUUGGCAGCUGCUGCGUCUUGAGUUGAGACAACAGGUUGACCUUUGACCUGCAUGUUGAAGGAAAAGUAUUUUUAUACAUGAAUUGUUGAAGGGUUCACUUGCAAAAACAAGACAUGUUGUUUUUAUUUAUUUUCUUAAAUCUUGUUUUUUGUGCAUUCCAGGGAAUCAAUCAAACUGGUGAUGUUCUGAUAAGAAAUCACAAAAAAUGUACUUAAAUAAAUCUUGUUUUUCAUCUUUAUGUGCACUCAAGUGGGGUUAGUUUAUUAAUUUCAGGGUGACAUGUAUCUGUUUUUGCAAAUGAACUCAUCUUACAUACAAAUUAGACAUCUAGUAUAAAUCUUCAUAAGAACUGGAAAAUCAUCUUAGUGAAGUCUACAUUGUUGGGAUGUUUUUUUGUUUUUUUUUUGUUUUUUUUUAAGCAAACAGUCUGAGGCCUUACAGGCAGUUCGCUUCAAAAUCAAAAUGCCAUAUUCUCUUAACUGUAGUGGUAUUUAUCCAUCUAGAUUGUUUUGGUAUGAAUUAGUGAGUUAUCUGGCACAAAGAUGUCUGCCUUCUCUCAAAUAUUAUAGAACUAAAUGGCACUUUGGAGCUCACAUGGAGCUCAAAGUGCCGGAGACUCAACAGCAGUGUCCAGAAAUCAUAACCCAAUUACUCAAAAUAAUCCAGAGACCUUGCUGUGAGGUGUUUCUUGAAGGAACUACUUUUAUUUAUUUUUUUAAAUAUGAAACUACACCUGCCAACGGUAUCACCGCAGGGAUUUCAGAGCGCAUUUUUUCAUAGACAAGAGACAAGCUAACUAAUACCACUUUUGGAUAUUUUUGGUUAAGUUAGUGAACCAGGUUAAAUUUCACUUUUUCACACUAGAGCUUGCCUUUCUGUUUUUUCUUUCUGAUUAGUAUGUUCACUCAUUCAUCACAGCCAUUCGGAGUAAGGCUCAAUUAAUGCUCAUGACCACUGAAGAGUCAUUUCACCCAGUAGUAAAUAACGAUUAUACACAUUUACUUUGAAGACAAAAGCCAGAUAUUAGCAGGUGUAAGCAGUCUUCCAGUGUGAAGAGGGUAUAAGCAAAACUUGGCAACAACCACCAAAACAACCUAGAUGCAUUAAUAGCACUACAGUUAGAAGUAUUUUGGGGUGGGUUCCAUUAAAUUCAUGACCAUAAUAUACUUUUGAAUACCAGCGAUGUAACACAUCUGUUAUAUUAAAGCAUCUUAUGGUGAUCUAUUUAAAAAGGCUUUCAAGAUUUAGCUCAUAAAGUUCACGACCACAUUAUUAAGUGCCUUAAUAUGAAUGUGAAUCUGAACAGAUUUCUGGCCCCUCAUGAAUCAUUGAGCUACCUCUAAUCAGCAGCAGUCUGACAUGAUUUAUGGUUUACAAUGAUGAUUCCAGUAAUGAUUACAGUGAUGAUGUUAAGGCUUGUGUUUAGUCAAACCAAUUUCCUUGGUAUGAUGUAAUAUCAUCUUACUUGUUUCCAUCAAGAACAUGCUGUUCUUGCAGGAUAAAUGCGUUAAUUAACAUCCUGUUUAGAUUAUUUAUAUAGUUCAAGGCAUCAAAGUUAGCAAGUUUUGACACCACUCCAGUUUUUCACUUUGCAUUUGCAUUGUGUGCCAUGGACCAUCGGCCUUGCUGCUUACCUUCAAAAUUAAAGAAUCAGGGUCUCUGGUUGAGGUUUUAUAAAUGAUGAAAUUGUUAUUUUGAUUUAGGGAUGUUGUUGCUUUCUCUGUUUUUGAAUGGAAAAUUGGGCACUUCAUAUGAACAGAUUGUACUCAGCACAAUGUACUGUGCCAGAUCAGCUUGUUCUAGUCAGUGAUUUGUUCCACAGUACCAUAAACCAGCAGGUAACAGCAGAUGAUACCGCCAUUCAUAGCACAAGGAUGGUUAGGUGGUUUAAUUUCCCUAAAUGCUGCUCUGAUUGUUAACGCUUAAAAGGUCCUUUUAAAAAUUGUACGACUGAGGCCAGAAGCUACUGAAGAUGUACAAAUGACUGAAGGGCUGUUCAGGACAGAGCUCAGAGUCAAACUGUGUUUACAAACACCUUUAACUAAAAGGAGAGAAGAGUGCAAAUGGGACUCAAAUUGUAAGUGUACUAAAUACAAAAGCCAAUUGUGGAUUUUCAGUUUAUGCAUUUAUAAAAACAAACGGACCAAAGCAAGUUUCACUUAAAUAAUGAAGUAGCUCAACUUUGUUGCUGCGCAUUGGCCACAUGUGACCCAAUAAAAGUCAUGUGGCUUUGGCUCAGAUACAAUAAAAACCUCACAUUGAAUAUGACUUUGAACAGGACUCAUUUAUAAGUUAACUGCAAAGUGAGAGAUGCUUUUUGGGGGUUGUUUGAAGCUGCUUAUUGCUACAUACAGGAUGGGUGGAGAUACUUCCUUAAAACAAAUAUUUACAUGAACAGAGGAAAGAUUUUUGCAACUACCACAUAAAACUUCUUUCUUUGUUCUGUCUCAGCUCAUGAUAAAGAUCUCAAACAUCGUCAUAAGAUUAAGUUUACUUGCAGAAGUUGUUUUCAUUUCCUGAGGCUUAUUCUGGAUCCACCUCAAGUGUCUUUGGUGUAAAUGUUUGAUUCAUAGUUUCCUGUGAGUAACAUCCUGUCAGACAAUGUAAAUGCAACGGUCUCCACCCAAGUCCAUGCUUCUUAUUGAUCAACUUUUCAACCAUCUGCCCUUUUAAAAAGAUUAAUACAACUUGCAUUUGCACCAUUACUUUGUCUGUAUGUGCAAUAUGUCCUGACUAAGAGAUGGACUGAUUAGCCUGCACUUUACUGUCUUUGCAGUUCCUAUAUUUCUAUAUGGCACUAUACUGUAGUAUGUAUCAGCAGCAUAUGGGUUUAACAUUUGCAAUCUAAUCAUGUUUUUUUUUGUUGCUCUGAUGUGGUGCAGCUGUGACUGAAUAGUCAUAUUUAAAAUUAUUAAUAAACAUUUUUCACAUUGA